UGCUCGCUCUCGCGUCCGCGCGGCUCCGCGAGUGACGUCACGUCUCGCUGCCCCAACAUGGCGGACUUUGACACCAUUUACGAGUUAGAAGACGACGACGAAGACGAGCGCGUCGUCAUCGAGGAGCACUUGUCCAGAUACUGCCCGGAACCGGUUGUAAUGCGCGGAGCCGGACACAUCACAGUGUUUGGGCUGAGCAACAGAUUUGAUACAGAGUUCCCAUCCAUUCUCACGGGAAAGGUGGCGCCGGAGGAGUUCCGCACCAGUGUGAGUCGCGUCAACGCCUGCCUGAGGAAGAACGUGCCCGUCAAUGUCAAAUGGCUGCUGUGCGGGUGCCUGUGCUGCUGCUGCACGGCCGGAUGCAGCUUGUGGCCCGUCAUAUGCCUCAACAAGAGGACAAGAAGGUCCAUUCACAAGCUGUUAGAAUGGGAGAACAACAGAUUGUACCACAAGCUGGGCCUGCACUGGAAGCUGAGCAAAAGAAAAUGUGAGAGCAGCAACAUGAUGGAAUAUGUGAUUCUUAUAGAAUUCUUACCCAAGUAUCCAAUACUGAGACCAGACUGAGGAUGCAGCCUGCACCCCUUUUUCCUCUUCAGUGCCUUGCCGGAAUGAAAAAAAAUUGAUCGACGACUCCCCAACCCCAGUGCAGCUGUACGUGGAACUCGUGCCACACUGUCACUUUGCUUUUGGGCGCAUUUUGCACAGCCAAUGAGACAAGACGCCCCCCUUGUUGCACUCCAGUUUAUUUUUAUUUUUGCAGGGGGUGGGGGUCAAGAACUCGUGAAUUGAAUUUAUAGACCCGGAGGAAGACGUUACGGCCUUAUAUUUAAAUUUUUUUUUGGGUGUAAAAUGGAAGGUUAAUUCAUUGCUGCGCUGGCUUUUCUCUGUUCCACGUCUUGGCAAGUCUCCUUCCCUCUUUGUAAAUACUGUUAACAUCAAAUGUCCAUUGUUUACAUAUUAGCAGUUUAGUUGUUGUUGCCAAUUAAUUGCUGUACUAUAGUUUUUCUAGUUCGUAUGGACCUGUUUAACUUGUAAGCCAUAUACAGUAUAUGUAGUUCAAGAGAAUCUUAUAUGCGUCACAGUGUUGAAGCUGUCGUGUUUGCCAACAAGGAAGAUUGGAACCCUG